UUAUACUUAAGGUUAUGGAAGUGUCAGAUUUUCAAAAUUAUUCAAACAUUGAAUUGUGAUUGUCCAAGGGAUUUGAAGAAAAAAAUGGAUUUACUGGAAUUCAAAGAUUUAAAGCCUGUCCCUGAUAUUGUACAUACUUAUACAUCUUCCUUGAGGAAUAAUUCUACUCCGAUAAUAAUAGACAAUGGAUCUUACCAGUGUCGUGUGGGCUGGGCUACAAGUUCUGAACCAUUACUAAUUUUUAAAAAUUUAGUUGCUAAAUUGAGAAAAGAACGUUAUAAAAAAGAAAAUUCAGACACAUCUCAGAUAUCUUUGAUUCAGGUUGGAAAUGAAAUAGCAAAUAUUGAAGCUGUACGGUUUCAACUCAAGUCUCAAUUUGAUAAAAAUAUUGUAACGCAUUUUGAAGCUCAAGAGCAAUUAUUUGACUAUUCAUUUUCUCAUUUGGGAAUAGACACAGAAAAAAUAGCACAUCCAAUUGUGUUAACAGAAGCAUUUUUGAACCCCAAUUCAUCUAGACAAUAUAUGACAGAGCUUUUGUUCGAAUGUUAUAAUGUUCCCGGUCUCUCUUAUGGUGUUGAUGCAUUGUAUGGACGUUAUUUUUCUGAUCCACAACAAGAAAAUGCUUUGAUUGUAAGUCUGGGAUAUCACACGUGCCAUGUUAUUCCUGUAUUAAAUCACAAUGCCAUUUACGAUAAUGUUAGAAGGCUCAAUACUGGGGGUCACCAUAUAAUUACAUUUCUUCAUAAAAUACUUCAACUUAAGUAUCCAGCUCAUUCUACAAGUAUAACUUUGAGCAGAAUAGAGGAGUUAUUACAUUCAAUAUGUGAAGUUGCUUUGGAUUAUAAGGAAGAAUUGAAUAGAUGGUUAGAUACCGAUUACUAUGAGAAUCAUAUUAAGAAAAUUCAAUUGCCCUAUACUUGUAAUGUACAAUCUACACUCACAUUGGAACAACAAAAAGAAAGAAAAAAAGAACUAGCUCGCAGAUUAACAGAAAUAAAUGCGAGAAAAAGAGAAGAAAGAUUAGCUGAGGAUGAAGAUAAAUUAUCUCAGUUAAUUCAUUUACAGCAGAAAUAUGAAAGUGGUAUAGACGAUGAUGAGUUAGAAAAUAUUUUAGAAGAAUUUCAAUUGAAGAGCAUACAAGAUCUUCAGAAAAAUAUAACAAAUUUGACAAUGAGAAUAGAAAAAACCAAAUCAAAGAUGAAAUCAGCAAAAUUUCCUGAGGAAUCAGAAGAACCACCAGCCAAACAAUCAAAAUCUAGUAAAAUGGUUUUUGAAAAUGAGAAAGAUUUAAAUGAGUACCUUCAAAACAUCAAGAAGACUAGACAAGACAUUCUAAACAGAAAACUAUUGAGGAAACAGAGGAAACAAGAUAUGGCAAAACGUAGAACUGCUGCAGGUCAAGAAAGAAUGAGAAUUAUUUCACAAUUGGCUAGGAAAGAAAAAGGAAAUGACGAUUUUGGGUUGAGAGAUGAAGACUGGGAUAUUUAUAAAACAAUCAGCAAAGAUGGAGGAGAUUCGGAUAGUGAUGCUGAAAACGAGAAGGUUUUAGAACUGGAAGAAAUUAUAAGAGAAUAUGAACCCAACGAAUUGGAGGUAGUAAAUCCAGGAGAAACUUACCAAUUGCAUGUGGGGAUCGAACGUUUCAGAGCUCCUGAACUAUUAUUUAAACCCUAUAUGUUGGGCUCUUCUGAAGCUGGGCUUUCUGAAGUUAUUGCUUAUGUUCUGUCCCUUUUCAAGCCACAAGAGCAGUUACUUUUAGCAUCCAAUGUUAUCAUUAUUGGAGGAUUAUCUUCGUUGAAAGGACUCAAAGAAAGACUACUCAGUGACCUAAUUUCUGUAAGACCUUUUAGAUCAAAAGUGAAUGUGAAGAUUGCCAAAAAUGUUGGACUAACAUCUUGGUAUGGUGCUAAAAAAUGGGCCAAGCACCCAGACUUCAAAAAGAAAUUGUUAACUCGUCAAAUGUACGAAGAGUUUGGUGCUGAAUAUUUUCUAAACCAUCCAUUCUCAAAUCCUUUCUUUAAAUCUCCAAAUGUACAAAACAUUGACGUGGAAACGUAGAAUUAAAUAUUUAUUUAUUUAUUAAAUGUAAUAAAGUAUAUAUAUACUUGAAUCGAGCCUCUUAGGAAACCAAAUUAUUUCUUAAUAGACUUGAAAAUGUUCUUAAAUAGUUUGUAUUCAAAUUUUGUUAUGUUUUGUAUUAAUUUUCACUAAAGCGUGAUUAUUUA